ACUUUGCCGAAGCAGCUAAAUUGGCGGCAGUUGUGAGGCUGUCAGCCAACCCUAACUUCGCUGUACACAUCUUCUUCAUCCUUUGGUGCAAUUAGCGGAAGAAGAAAAUGAGUGCAUUCAAUGCUUUCAAAGCUAAUGUUGCUGUCGCCUGGAGCCCUAACCUUUAUAUAACCCUUGUGAGGGGGAUUCCGGGAACCAGGCGCCUUCAUAGACGCACUUUAGAGGCAUUACGCCUCCGCAAAUGCAACCGUACUGUCAUGCGAUGGAACACGCCUACUGUUAGGGGAAUGCUACAACAGGUAAAGAGGUUGGUCGUAGUUGAGACAGAAGAGAUGCACAAGGCUCGAAAACAGAAAGAGGAAAAUCACCGAGCACUAAGGCCUCCACUGGUUAUUAGCCAUCUCCCGGGUCCUGCGACGGUCUCUUCUGAUUAGAUCGUGCUUUCUGAGGCUAGAUAUUGUAUGUGGUUGUCAAAGGAUUAUGAUACUUGUUAUACCACAGCAAUUUGCAUGAAUCUUAUAAAAUUGGUUGGAAUUCUAGUUCUUACUUCAUAGUAUCUCUCUUUUUUGUUUCCAUGAGUGUUGCAUUGUUGGUUUUUCUUGAUUGUAAUCAGUUAGAUUGCCUCAGGUACCUAAUGAAUAAAUGCAUGUUUUUAAUGUAGAGGAGAAA